CUUGGAUCGGGUUUUGUUUUUUACUUCUGACUCUGUUGAUCAUCGGAGAUUGAAAAUCGCCAUGGACAGAGCACAGUUGAUCUUGUUGGGUUUACCGAUAUUCUUAUUUUGCUCGGAUCUCUUCAACCUAUUCACUCCUCCGCCUCACCGUCCUCAUCAGCCACCACCGCAUGUCCCUCACCAGCAGCGCCCGGCUGGGUUCACACCCGAAACCCUAGAUUUCCCUUCUCAGAAACAAAGUGGCUUAGGAGCUGUUGGAUAUGGAAACACCGUGGAGAUCAACUUCUGCGUCUCCUGUUCUUUCAAGGGAACUGCAGUGACCAUGAAGAAGAUGUUAGAGACGGAGUUUCCUGGUUUAGAUUUGAUUCUCGCGAACUACCCAGCACCAGCACCAAAGCGCCUUCUAGCUAAGGUUGUACCGGUUGUUCAGAUGGGAGUUAUCGGUAUGAUAGUUGCAGGUGAUCGUGUUUUCCCCUUGAUUGGAAUUGCGCAGCCACCUGCUUGGUUCAACUCCUUGAGGGCCAAUAGAUUUGGAUCCAUGGCUUCCACUUGGCUUGUCGGAAACUUUCUGCAGUCUUACCUUCAAAGCUCAGGGGCCUUUGAAGUUCUCUGCAACGGGGAACCGGUGUUUUCUAAAUUGAAAGAAGGUAGGUUCCCGGGAGAGAUCGAGCUGAGAGAUCUCAUCAGUAAAAAGUUGACAAGACCGAGCAUCGUCUCAGGUAGCUACUGAGGUAGUAUCAUCAGAAGAAAGAAGCUGACGAUAAUGAAAGGUACAGAGAAGGUGUAACCUUUCCACAAGCAGUGUAUCGAUCUCAUGUGCCCAAAAAGCUGCUGAUGUAGCAAUCAAUACCUUGUUCCUUUGGUUUUAACUAGCGUGUACUCUUUCAUUCAAUCAUUUUGGUUACAUCACCCUCUUCAAGAAACUUUAUUUAUAAGAAAUUGUGUGGAAAUGACUAA